AUGGCAUCAGAGCCAAUCGUUACCGAAGAUAACUCUUCUUCUUCCUCUCCAGCGAUCGCCAUAGCUUCAACAUCACAACUGGUUGCCUUUUCUCAUACCUUCUCCCUCAAACUCGAUGAUGGCAACUACCUCCUCUGGCGUCAACAUGUUCUUUUUGCGGUUCGAGGUCACUCCCUUGAACAUUUCCUCUUUGAUAAAGAUUCUUGCCCUGAAAAAUUUCUUUCUGAUGAAGAUAAAGCUGCAAACAAAAUCUAUUCUGAAUACACAACCUGUAUGCAGCAAGAUCAAUUACUGUGUUCUUGGCUAUGUUCUUCAAUGUUUGAAUCCAUCCUCACACACAUGGUCGGUUGUAAUACUUCCAAACAGGUAUGGACAAGUCUUCAAAUUUAUUUUCAAGCUCAAACUGCAGCUAAGAUUGAUAAGCUUACUACACAGUUACAAACGAUCAAGAAAAAUGGCUUGACCUUAAAUGCCUAUUUGCUCAAAAUUAAAAGUUUAACUGAUAAACUUGCUUCCACUGGUCACCCUCUCACUGCAAAGGAGCAUGUUCAAGCCAUUUUUAGAGCUCUCCCAACCUCUUAUGAUCCAUUUAUUAUAUCUACCAAUUCUCGUACCUAG